CCCCCGCCGAGCAGACCGGCCUCCCUUUUCUCUCUGACGGGUCGUGGAUGCUCACGCGGUUCUGUUGUUUCCUGAUUACAACAUCUGUAUAUACGACGACACGCACACAACAGGGGACACCGACCUCAUCUGCAGAGACGCAUGAAUUAUUCAUAUGUGUUGAACCGAAAAUAAUCUUCAACUGUGGAAUCCGUGGUGUCAAAGAGUUUGCAGAAGCUCCUCUGAGGAGCAUGUGCGGUGCUGUUGCACCACGCUUCAGAGGUUCAGCACGUGCUCACCAGGUUAAAGCACAAAAUGGGUAGAGUUUGCCUUUGUCGCCUGGGUCUAAAGUCCAGAUAGUGCAGGGAAAAGUUGACCCAUACGUUUGUAAUCCAGGCAUAACUCUGGUUCUUUUUGGAAGGCGGGGCUUAUCAAUUGAACGCUGUCUCCUUUUGUUUUGAUUUUUGGACGGCAUCUUCUAUUUGUACAAGAAACCCCAAGAACAAAAUUACUUUGUCACUCCAGACACUGGACGUGGAAUUCAAUUGAAUGGGCUUGUUUUUAUUUCUUAGGAUGGGGGGGGGUUCCCCAGGGCCCCUCAUCUCAAAGUCUGCUUUUGUGUUUUCGAAGUGUGAUUAUUCAAUGUGCUACUUUCCCAGAUAGAGCUGAUUUCCGUAUUUAUCUUCGUGGUCAACAGCCAAUCGUUCAGAGAGCCAAACUGUUUUCCCAAAACAAGCAUAAUCGGCUUUUCCUUCUCAUUCAGGCACUUUGUUGUGAUCCCCCGAUGAGGGACGGGGUCGCCGCUCUUAUUUUGAGAUAUUUACCUAGUUUCUUUUACUAUUUUUCAGUUGUUUCUGUUUCUUUUAUCACGAGCUGUACUUGAGAACUGCUUCUAUCGAGUCAAAAUGCUUUUUUAAAAGCUACGAACUGAGCCCAGAAUGUAAAAAUGUCACUGUCUGGUUCGCUGUAAAGGUCGUGAAGAGAACCAAAAUAAAGUCUUAAAUUUGUCCAUGAUUCCCUUGAUAGCGGUGCAACAUGAUCCUACUGCUUAUUACGUCAUCGUGGGCCGAAAGUUGUGUUGUGUCUUUGUGUUGUGAUGCAGCACCAAAAAUCUGCCGCCCGAAUAAAACAAGAAAGGAAAAAAAACAAAAAACCUCAGCUAUUGUCUUGGGAUGUGUGAAAGCGCCGCUUCCCACCAUCUGCCUUCACUGGCACGAGGGCGAAGUGUGUGUGUGUGAGUGUGUGUGUGUGUGUGUCAUUGUGUGAGUGCGCGGACAUCACAACUCGCUACCCGGCACGCGCACGCGCAGGGAGACGUGAGGUCAGCGCGCGUCACGGACCUUUACACCGCUUGUUCCAGUCGCAGACGCGCAAUGAGCUCCUUUCUGAGGUUUCACGGCCGAUGGCGCUCGUCUCGUCACUUUGGCCCAGUGAGCAGGCGAUUGUUUGGUACGCGCGAGCCGAGGAUUUCCACACAGCAGCUACUUUGUGGUGCCCCAAAAGGCCACACGGUCUCCUCAAUAUGACCACAGCAGCACCCCGUCAUCUGCUCCGACACACACACACGCACACACACACACAGGUCCCCUGAUAUCCAUGACAAUGCAGUGUUGCCGUGGUGUCUCCAUGGUGAGGCUGGGAAUGUAGAGGGGGCCCCCUGUGUGUGAGUGUGUGUGUGUGUGUGAGGGUUCACCGUGGCAUGGGCACUCCCUUCUUUUUUGUAUACCCGUGUGUGUGUGUCUGUGACAGUGGAGAAGGGCAGCUGGGGUCUUUGUUGUAGGCGGGCGGGGCUGCUCUCUGGGGGCCCGGAGGUUAAGGCCCUGGGCCCCUCACAGGCAGGAGUCACAGCUAUAUAGCCUCACAUCGAGCACCUAGUCCAGGAGGCCUCCUGGCUGGGGGGUUACUUAUCUCCUCUUCUGCUAAUGAAACACUGCUGGGUUUUUCAGUAAUAGAUUUGAUGACCUAGAAGCACAAAAAACUCAAGCGCAUGUGAUAAAUUUCCUUUAAAAGCACAAUUUGCUCCAGAAAUAACAAUAUUGUUUUCCUCCCCCCCCCUGCCAUAAUUUCUUUCCAUCCUUUCCCUUCCUCUCGCCCUUAUCCGUCCUCAUUUGACCCCCUCCUUCGAUAAACCAUCACCCUUAUCUUGCUUUUCUUUUAAAUGCACAUGUGACCUUUCCCGUCUUCCCGUUCCUGCCCCUCACAUCCCGUCCUCUUGGCCCCUGUGCCUGCUCUUCCUUCCCGACUCUUUCAACAUUCCACAUGCCCCCCCCACACCCCCCCCUACCCUCCCUGCUCCCCACCAUGCCCAUUUGCCCUUCCUCUCUUUUUGACUCCAUUUCUCCAUGUUGAUUUUUUGCUCCGCUCCGUCACCUUCCCUUUUAUCCAUGACGCCCUACUUCCUGCCUGUGCAGCGCCAUGGGGGCCUUCCCCCACCCCUGCAGCAGGUGUUCCAUGCCCCCCGCCGGCCAGGCAUGGGCACCGUGGGCAAGCCCAUCAAGCUGCUCGCCAACUACUUCGAGGUGGAGAUCCCAAAGAUCGACGUCUUUCACUACGAGGUCGACAUCAAGCCCGACAAGUGCCCGCGCAGAGUCAACAGGGAGGUGGUGGAGUACAUGGUGCAGCACUUCAAGCCUCAGCUCUUCGGCGACAGGAAGCCGGUGUACGACGGCAAGAAGAACAUCUACACGGUGCUAGCGCUGCCGAUUGGCAGUGAGAAGGUGGAUUUUGAGGUCACCAUCCCAGGUGAGGGCAAAGACCGAAUCUUCAAGGUGUCCAUCCGUUGGCUGGCCAAGGUGUCAUGGCGCCUGCUGCAGGAGACUCUGGUCAGCGGUCGGCUGCAGGUCCCCCUCGAAUCGGUCCAGGCCCUGGACGUGGCCAUGCGCCACCUGGCCUCUAUGAGGUACACUCCAGUGGGCCGUUCAUUUUUCUCCCCACCUGAAGGAUACUACCACCCACUGGGUGGGGGGAGGGAAGUGUGGUUCGGCUUCCAUCAGUCCGUGCGCCCGGCCAUGUGGAAGAUGAUGCUUAACAUUGACGUGUCGGCCACGGCCUUCUACAAGGCUCAGCCUGUAAUCGAGUUCAUGUGUGAAGUCCUGGACAUCCGCAAUAUCGACGAGCAGCCCAAGACCCUCACGGACUCGCAGAGGGUCCGCUUCACUAAGGAGAUUAAAGGCCUGAAGGUGGAGGUGACUCACUGUGGUCAGAUGAAGAGAAAGUAUCGCGUAUGCAACGUCACCCGACGACCCGCCAGCCACCAAACGUUCCCCCUCCAGCUGGAAAGUGGGCAGACAGUAGAAUGUACAGUGGCCCAGUACUUCAAGCAGAAGUAUAACCUGCAGCUGAAAUACCCCCACCUGCCCUGUCUUCAGGUGGGGCAGGAGCAGAAGCACACAUACCUGCCCCUGGAGGUGUGCAACAUCGUAGCGGGUCAGCGGUGCAUCAAGAAGCUAACGGAUAACCAGACCUCCACCAUGAUCAAAGCCACCGCUCGCUCUGCACCCGACAGACAGGAGGAGAUCAGCCGGCUGAUGAAGAACGCCAACUUCAACCUGGACCCGUACAUCCAGGAGUUUGGGAUCAAGGUGAAAGAUGACAUGGCUGAGGUGACGGGCAGGGUGCUUCCAGCCCCGAUCCUGCAGUACGGAGGACGGAACCGCGCCAUAGCAACCCCCAACCAGGGUGUGUGGGACAUGAGGGGAAAGCAGUUUUAUAACGGCAUCGAGAUCAAAGUGUGGGCAAUUGCCUGCUUUGCCCCCCAGAAGCAGUGCAGAGAGGAGGUGCUGAAGAACUUCACAGACCAGCUGCGUAAGAUCUCCAAGGACGCCGGGAUGCCGAUUCAAGGCCAGCCGUGCUUCUGUAAGUACGCGCAGGGAGCGGACAGCGUGGAGCCCAUGUUCCGACACCUGAAGAACACCUACUCGGGGCUGCAGCUCAUCAUCGUCAUCCUGCCGGGGAAGACCCCCGUCUAUGCGGAGGUGAAGCGCGUGGGAGACACCCUGCUGGGCAUGGCCACGCAGUGCGUCCAGGUGAAGAACGUGGUGAAGACGUCCCCUCAGACCCUCUCCAACCUCUGCCUCAAGAUCAACGUGAAGCUGGGGGGCAUCAACAACAUCCUGGUGCCGCACCAGCGGUCGGCAGUGUUUCAGCAGCCGGUUAUCUUCCUGGGAGCGGACGUCACUCACCCCCCUGCUGGAGAUGGCAAGAAGCCCUCCAUCACUGCUGUGGUAGGCAGUAUGGAUGCUCAUCCCAGCAGGUACUGUGCCACAGUGCGAGUCCAGAGGCCCCGGCAGGAGAUCAUUGAAGAUUUGUCGUACAUGGUGCGUGAACUGUUGAUUCAGUUCUACAAGUCGACCCGGUUCAAGCCCACUAGGAUCAUUUUCUACAGGGACGGAGUUCCCGAGGGACAGUUGCCACAGAUUCUCCACUACGAGCUGCUGGCCAUCAGAGAUGCGUGCAUCAAGCUGGAGAAAGAUUAUCAACCGGGCAUCACCUACAUCGUGGUGCAGAAACGCCACCACACACGCCUCUUCUGUGCCGACAAGUCGGAGAGGAUUGGGAAGAGUGGGAAUAUUCCCGCGGGGACCACAGUGGACACCAGCAUCACUCAUCCCUUCGAGUUUGACUUUUACCUGUGCAGCCACGCGGGCAUACAGGGCACCAGCCGGCCAUCGCAUUACUACGUCUUGUGGGACGACAAUCGUUUCACAGCCGACGAGUUGCAGAUCCUAACGUACCAGCUGUGCCACACCUACGUGCGCUGCACCCGCUCCGUCUCCAUCCCCGCGCCGGCCUACUACGCCCGUCUGGUGGCCUUCCGUGCUCGCUACCACCUGGUGGACAAAGAACACGACAGUGGAGAGGGCAGCCAUGUGUCCGGUCAGAGCAACGGCCGGGACCCCCAGGCGCUGGCCAAGGCGGUUCAGAUCCACCACGACACCCUGAGGACCAUGUACUUCGCCUGAGCCACAGCGGCCACCUCGUGGACCCCCGGCCCGCCACCUCAUCCCCGUCCCUUGUUCCAAGCGACUGCCCGGCAGUCGAACUCCACAGACCCGCCGGUCCUUCGCCCACAUCCGCCCAACACGAGGCCCUUUCGCCUGUAACACACAGGCUCCACAGCCUCACGCACUCAAAACGGUUGUUAUUAUUAUUAUUGUGGUCAUUUUGUUGUUUUUACUUCACCAGGACUGUAGCUCUUUUUGUGUUGACAUUUUUAAAAACGUUAGUUUCAUUAUGUAAUUGUAAUUUACGCUACCUUCAGACUCCUGUGUGUGGAAGUAUGCAAUGGGAGGAAAACGGGCAAAAAAACAAAAAGAAAAUCACAAAGAAACUUUUUUUAACUUCCACAACGAUGCUGCCUCUUUACCCAUCCGGAUUCCAGUGUUCCAAGCCCCUUUAGCGUGGGGAUUCUCCUGGUGGGGGGGGUACUGGGCAUGCACACCUGCGUGUAUCAUUUUAUCGUUGUUAUGAACAUCAUUUGUGUUUUUGAUAUUUCUGAAUAAUGUUUUUUUUUUUUAAACUACCUGAGGAGUCGAAGGUAUGGUACAUUAGCACUUAGCGUUAGCACGUAGGUACCAGCGGUCCUGCACAUACCAGUUUGUUAGAACAUGUGGGGCUAGCCCUCUGGCCUUGAUAUUAGCAGAGACAGAAGGAGCAGGUGUAGCAUAUCGUAGACGCGGGACAGAAGUCCUGCAGCACUCUAGAUGCUGGUUGGCCAGUCCGCUAGAGAUUUAGCCUUUAGAGGCCAGCUUACCAUAGCAAUAGAGGGACCAUUUGUGUAGAGUUCAUCAAAUACACGUACACCCCGUGCACCUAAACCAGCCAAAAGUGAUGCCAACCAAUGUGAAAGGGGCACUUAAACAGGAAGGUAAUCUUUCGUUUCUGUACCCGUUGCCUUUUUAGUGUUUGCGAGGCACUUUUUCAAAAUGUACUUAUUGACUUGUUUUACUUCAAAAAGACUUGUCUGUCCCGAGGCCGGACACCCACACCUGCACAGCUUUCCAAACAAAUAGGUAACUAUGACGAUAGGUAAAGUCAACACUCCUCUGUAGAUUUGAAUGCAGGCAAAUACAGUCUGUCUGUGACCACUUAAGUGCUGCAAAGCUGAACUCUCAUUCAGCCAUUGACCCCUCGCUCCGGUCAUUCCGCGCAUUUCAACAUUCCACCAGUGGAGAGGUCGCCACACCGUGCACUCCAAACUUUCACACCUGGCCCCGUUUUUUGCUUCCGGCUCUUCCCUCUGCGGGCAUUUACAAGUCAUCGCCUGAAUUAGCAGAAGCACACACACACACGCUGCUGCCCCCUCUGUCUCUUUCUUAGCAUGCAGAGACCAGCCUCUUCCAACGCACUUAUGUCCCUCCAAGCCAAACGUUGACUCCUCACUCCUUUCUCAUCCUUGCCAUCUAUCCUCACUUUUGACAUCACCCACCUGCAGCAUCCCCUGCCCCGAUCCCCUAGCGUGUGUUAGCCAAUACCCGUUGGUGCUCUGUGUGCAUGGGCGGCACAGGUAGGGGAUUGCUACAUUGGACAGGCUGGGCCCCUGUUAGUACUAUUUAAUAUGCCCUGCCUUUACAUCUAGUCACUUUCUGGAUUUAUCAAAAAAAGAAUUGCAUGUAAUUAUUUUUUAUGACUGGAUAUUCUGAGCCACCUUAUUAUGGUUUCUUUAGAGGUAGGAGCCUUGCGCUCACCGCUGCCUGUCAGACAUUUUGCCUCAAUUGUGUAAUGGUUAUGAAGACUGCUUCCUUAGUCAUUAUUAUUAUUAUGAUGAAUAUUGUAACUAGUGUCAGGGUGUAUCUUGACAGGGCACUGUGGGGACGGUCUCAAAAUUCCAUCUCCGUUGCCCUUUAAGCGCCUCAAAUCUCAUCUGACGGAUCAGAGCCCCUUUGAGCUGAGAGGGAUCAAAGGAUAAAAGAUUGGAUGAGUUUGAUUUCUAAAUCAUGUCUAUUAACUUGCAUAAUGAAAAUGCCUUUGUACACCGUUUUACUGAUCUGUUAUUGUGUCCAAGGUGAUUUGUAUAUAUAAAUAUAUAAUAUUAACCCGUUAUGUAUUUUGGCUCACCAGUUGCCAGGCCUCUUUACAGUUGGGGGCCAGUGUUUUACCCCCCUCAUUCUGUGCUUUAAAAAAAAAGAAAAGAAAAGAAAAUGAAUUUCCCAGUAUCACUGAAACAGAUGCAGUUCUUCUCUCACUGAAGCCACAAAGCACCUUGCAAAGGGGGGAAGGCGAAAUGGCCGUCCCCCUGGUAAUGCAUCCUGUGGGUACCGCGGAGGGGGCCCCCCUCCACGAAGCCUCAAUGUCUGACUAAGCAAUACCGAAGCCGCUGAUCAAGAACAGUCCUUGUCAUAGCACUUCCAACCGAUUGGAAUGAGAGGACAUGGAAGCUUAUUAUUCUGGCUCUGUAUGUGAUAGUAUGGGAACUCUUGUUGUUCUCUGUUGCGGUUUAUUUUUUAAAUAAAAUAAAAUUGUUUUUUAUUA